AUGCAAAGCUGGUGGCUGGACAGACCAUCGCCUCGUCGUCUGCAAGAUGAGACUCCAUCUGUAACCCCACAGAAGGCCCACCAUUCACACUUCGACAUUCAGUUAGCCCAACACUCGGAGGAGGUGCCGGUCGCGGACGACGAAGCCACUAUGGAGACUCGGUGGCGUCAAGUGUGGGCUGCUAUCCACUCGACUGCUUUGGGCGUCUUCGGACGUGCAAGUCGCCAAAACCAGGACUGGGUCGAUAACAACGACGGAGACAUCAGUCAACAGCCGACUGAAAAGAACCGUCCUUGCAAAACCGACGUGAAUCACUGGAUUGCUGAGAACAUGGUGGCCUUUUCCACUUUUAUUGGACCGUGCAGCAGUAACUGA